CCCCGGGACGUGUCUCCCACCCAAAGAAAUCCCUUUUCCCACGGUCCCCUCCGGAGCAGGGGUGGAUCCCCUGCUCCUGGCACGGCUGUGCCUGGGAUUGUGUCCCUUUUCCAGGCCUAUUCCCUGGUGGAUCGGGAGGUGGGAUACUGCCAGGGCAGCGCCUUCAUCGUGGGACUGCUGCUCAUGCAGAUGCCCGAGGAGGAGGCGUUCUGCGUCUUCGUGCGCCUCAUGCAGGAGUACCGGCUGCGCGAGCUCUUCAAGCCCAGCAUGGCCCAGCUGGGGCUCUGCAUCUACCAGUUCGAGUUCCUGCUCCAGGAGCAGCUGCCGGAGCUGAACGUGCACUUCCGCUCGCAGAGCUUCCUCACCUCCAUGUACGCCUCGUCCUGGUUCCUCACCCUCUUCCUCACCACCUUCCCCCUGCCCGUGGCCACGCGCGUCUUCGACAUCUUCAUGUACGAGGGAUUGGAGAUCGUGUUCCGUGUGGGGCUGGCGCUGCUGCAGCUCAACCAGGCCGAGCUGGUCCAGCUGGACAUGGAGGGAAUGUCCCAGUACUUCCAGAAGGUGAUCCCGCACCAGUUCGACGCGUGUCCCGACAAGCUGAUCCUGCGGGCGUGCCAGGUGAAGGUGAACCCGCGCAGGAUGAAGAGGCUGGAGAAGGAGUACGCCGCCCUCAAGAGCAAGGAGAUGGAGGAGCAGGUCGAGAUCAAGCGGCUCCGAACCGAGAACCGGCUCCUGAAACAGCGGAUUGAGACCCUGGAGAAGGAGAGCGCGGCUCUCGCCGACCGCCUCAUCCAGGGCCAGGUGACGCGGGCGCAGGAGGCGGAGGAGAAUUACAUCAUCAAGCGGGAGCUGGCCGUGGUGCGGCAGCGCUGCAGCAGCGCCACCGAGAACCUGCAGCGGGCACAGAGCACGAUUCGAGAGCUGCAGGGACAGCAGGGGAACCCGCGGUUCAGCGAGGAGUUCGUCACCCACCUGCAGACGGAGCUGGAGCGGUCGCGGCUCCGCGAGAGCGAAACCCUCGGGGCCCUCAAGGAGAUGCAGGACAAGGUCCUGGACAUGGAGAAGAGGAACACGCUGCUGCCGGACGAGGACAACGUGGUGCGGCUGCAGGAGGAGCUGCAGGCGCUGGCCCUGCGCGAGGCCGAGGCCGUGAAGUCCCUCAGCGAGCUCCAGCAGCAGGUCAAGGAGCUCAGUGACACUUGGCAGGUGUCCCAGGGCCGGGGACGCUGGAAGGACCCCCCGGGUGACCCCAAGGCCCUGCAGGAGGCCGUGCUGGGGGCGCGGCUGCGCGAGGCGCAGGCACAGGCGGAGCUGAGAGCGCUGCGGCAGCGCGUGCUGGAGCUGGAGACACAGGGUCAGAUCCAGAGGACUGUCCUGGGCAGAGCAGAGCAGGCGUGUGCGGGGCUGCGGGAGCAGCUGCGGGCGGCGGCCGCGCAGAGCCAGGGGCUGCAGGCGCAGCUCAGCGAGAGCCACCGCAAACACGCUGAGGCUCAGUGCAAGAGCAAGGAGGAGGUGAUGGCGGUGCGGCUGCGCGAGGCUGACAGCAUGGCUGCCCUGGCCGAGAUGAGGCAGCGUGUGGCCGAGCUCGAGAUACAGAGAGAGGAGGGGCGGAUCCAGGGCCAGCUGAACCACUCGGACGCCGCCCAGUACAUCCAACAGCUCCGGGACCACAUCGACGAGCUCAAGGCUGAGAUCCGGCUGCUGCGGGGCCCGCUGUCCUUCGGGGGGGUGGCCCUGGGGACCCGCCUGGGGGACGAGGACUCACUGGGCUCGUCGGACGAGGAGCUGCCCCCCUUCAGCCUCCCCCCGGGGGACAUGGGGGACAUGGGGGACAUCGGGGACAGCAGCGACAGCGAGGCCGAGGGGGGAAACCCCGAGCCCUGACCUGGGGACAUGGGGGAUAUGGGGGACAGC